GCAAUCAAGAUGGGUGCUUUGGAAAAAAUUAAAGCCAUUCAAGAUGAGAUGGCCAGAACGCAAAAGAACAAGGCCACUGAAUACCAUCUUGGUCUUUUGAAGGGGAAAUUGGCCAGAUUACGUCGUGAGUUAUUAGAACCUCAACCUGGACAGGGAUCCUCUGGAGGUGGUCAAGGGUUUGAAGUUUCUAAAGCUGGGGAUGCGCGUGUGUCAUUGAUUGGGUUUCCAUCGGUUGGUAAAUCCUCAUUUUUAUCCAAAGUUACUAAUACUAAAUCGGAAGCUGCAAACUAUGAGUUUACUACAUUAACAUCGGUUGGUGGUAUACUUCAGUAUAAUGGGGCUGAAGUUCAAAUUGUUGAUUUACCGGGUAUUAUUAAGGCGGCAUCUCAAGGUAAAGGUAGAGGGAGACAAGUAAUUGCGGUUUCAAGAACGUCAGAUUUGAUCAUGAUGGUUUUGGAUGCAACUAAAGGAGGAGAUCAAAGAGAAAUCUUAGAAAAUGAAUUAGAAACAAUGGGGAUCAGAUUGAAUAAGGAAAGACCAAACAUAUCUCUCAAGAUUAAGAGUACUGGUGGGGUCAAGUUGAAUUCUAUUUCGCCUCCUAAACAUUUAGAUGAAAAAAUUGUUAGUGCUUUAUUAAAAGACUAUAAAAUACAUAACGCUGACGUACUUAUAAGAGAUGAAAAUGCUACCAUUGAUGAUUUCAUUGACAUAAUUAAUGACCAGCAUAUUUCCUAUAUCAAAUGUUUAUAUGUUUAUAAUAAGAUUGAUGCUGUUUCAUUAGAAGAAUGUGAUCGAUUGGCCAGAGAACCAAAUACCGUGGUAAUGUCUUGUGAAUUGGAUCUUGGUAUUGAAGAUUUGAAAGCAGAAAUUUGGAGACAAUUAGGUUUAAUCAGGCUAUACACUAAAAGAAGAGGAAUUGCUCCUAACUUUGAUGAUCCAAUGGUUGUUAGAGCAAAUUCUACUAUUUUACAAGUUUGUGAUGCCGUUCAUAGAGAUAUGAAAAAUCAAUUCAAAUAUGCAUUAGUUUGGGGUUCUAGUUCCAAACACUCCCCACAGAAAUGUGGAUUACAACAUCCUGUUCAUGACGAAGACGUUGUUCAAAUAGUAGCUAAAUAGUUGAGUUUAUUUAUGUAAUAAAAGUAAAGUAUUGUACGAGG